CGUGGGCGAGCUGCGGAGAAAGACCUGCCUCGCCUUCAGAGUCGCACGAUGCGAUUGGUCGGCUAUGUUUGGCUUGCGUUACGUGAUUGGGGAAGAGUCGAUUUGCAUGUUCGAAGGGUGGAGGGGAAAGGGAACCCCCUCCUUUCUCUCUCUCUCCUUCCCCUCAGCCUCGGUGGCAGCGCCGAGCGGACCACGAGCGUCAUUCGAGGUUACCUCCGGCAAGUGUGAGCGAUAGGUGAUGAUGGCGUCUGGUGUGCAGCGACAGACUCUGUGUAGUGAGAACGAUGCGCGAGCAUCGGUUCUGUUCAUGGCUGACCAGGAUUAGUUCUCCCUCCCCCACCCACCACCACCACCACACACACCCAACCUCAUCCUCAUCCUCACCUCCAACGUGCACAGCUGACGUGUCAGUGCAUCAACCUGUGGGAACGUCAGACACACGCGGGUGUCACGAGGGGCAACACACCCCUGGUAAACAGUGCCAUCAGGGAUUUCCCCACCGUGUAACGGCGCAUGGUUACAGUCGUAAAGUAAAUCACAGCCUCACAGCUGCAUCGCCGGCUCCUCAUCCUCCUCAUCAUGAAACACAGCUCCACAGCUGUGCUGGAGGCUCGGGUUCUCUCUCUCUCCUUUUUUUUUUUUCAUACACGCCUUGUAAUGUGUAGCUGAACGGUUAUUGGAAGUGUGAGAGAGUGUGCUGGUGGGGGGGUUGUUUCGCCGGGGAGGGGGAGAGAGAGUGGUGUGUAAAGCUGGCGGCUGUGCCGUAACCCUGACCCCAUCACGCCUUGCCCUUACGACUGACCUCCGCUUGAACUCGCCGGCCUGAGCGUUACCACACCUUUGCACUCGGAGAGCAAGCGAGCAGAUUGUGUGGACUGAACAAGUCGCCGAAAUGCCAAGGUUCAGCUGGCUGGCGACAAGGUGACGUCAGAAGGGUGUGGAUGCUUCAGCAGGCGUGAGAUGGCUGACAAUGGAGGUGGGGACAGGAGCAUUAAAACUACACCCCCUUCUCUCUCAUCACCCCACGCGCUUUCCAUUUCGGCUCAGGGCGUCGCGAGCGAGCAGAAGAUGGCCGCCGGCGCUACUAGCACCCUCACCAGAGAACCAGAACAGCAACAAGAACAACAACAACAGCAACAACAACGUGACAACGUCAAGAUGGGCAUGUCUCCUGCCUCCAAGGGCUUCUACCAACGUAGGGGAUCCGCGGACCGCCAUCGGGUGCCGGAGAACAAUUUUGGUGGUGGCCCCGAUGGCGACGAAGACGAUGACACCGUUGUUGCACGCGGGCGGACACUGUUAUCUCGCCAGGACAACGACAACUGCAACGGGAGCGAGGGACGUAACGGCUCACAGCGGCGACCGGGUGGGCGCUUGAGGGUGCAGGACCAAGACGGACCCCUCGACUUUUCGGUCAGGAGAAGGGAGUCUGUAUCGGAGAGUUUCACGGACGAUUCCAGAGCCUCGUCUUCGCUUAGUCCCACGAAUUUCGCGGGCGGGACAGGCUCCCCUUCGGCCCACGGAUCCCCCGAGUUUGACGGGCUGUCCGCAUCAUCACAGCAGCAGCAGCGACGUGGCAGUCACAGCAACCAGCAGUUUCAGAUGGCCAUGCAGCAACAGGGCGUGGCGACAUCUGUCCUGGACCACGGAAGGGCGCGGCCCUCGGUCUCCGACGAGUCCGAGCUGGUUGGGCAGCCCAGGACAGUGCCGCUAGCGGCGACAAGGAGGCUCACCUUCACCCAGCUCCUCCUCUGCUGGACACCUCCUGUCCAAUGGCGGUUCCGGCAAGUCUGCAUCUUCAUCGUCACCAUUAUCGUCAUCAGCCGCAGCGGCAGCUGCUGCAGCAGCGGCACUUUUGAGCCAGAACGGCGCCAUGCUGGGACCCCGCCAGCAAGACGACCACCGGCUCGUCCCCAUCUUCCACUUCCUCCAACGGCAGCAGCAGCGGACGGCGCUCCCUCAACAUUCGAAAGACCCAGCUCCCACCGGCCCACCCCCACCUCUUCUCGCUCCGCCCCAUCUCUGUCUCUGCCUUCUCCUCAAUACACUCCCAACUUCCUCUCCUCCCCUUCCAACAGCUCCUCCAAAACCCCGUCGCCCACCUUGAUCCAUUCCGCCGCCGGGCCCAUCCCUAGCGGAAGCGGCAUGGGUGUCGCCUCGGUCGCCAGCCCUUUCCCGCCACCUACCGCUCCGCCGCUGGUCUCGUCCACCAGUUCCGGGUCAAUUGGCGGGGGGUCACGCAAGCGGCCGCGGUCGUUGCCGGACAGUCAGAAGGACGAUGCCUACUGGGAACGGCGCCGCAAGAACAACGACGCCGCCAAGAGGUCACGUGACGCGCGGCGAGCCAAGGAGGACGAGAUCGCCAUCCGCGCGGCGCUUCUGGAACAGGAGAACCUCAAACUGCGCGUGGAGGUAGCGGCCCUCAAGUCGGAGACGGCCCGCCUGCGGUGCUUCCUGUACAACAGUAGUUAGACAGUGUGCGGCCCUUGGAAGAAGAAGCAAGAUGGUCCACGGCAUCCACGUACCUACCGUCUGCCAUCUUUCUCUUGGAGUCCUGCGCGAGGGAAGGAAAAGUGGUGAGAACAGUGUUGCUGAGAUCACUUCCCGUCCUUCCCCGCCAUUCCACAAAUAUCGAAAGGCUGAGUUUUUAAAUUUUUUUUUUUUUAAGUUUUUUUUUCUGGAAGCUGUCCACGAGAAGAUCUUGGACUUUGACAUGUUGCGAUGGUAAAUCUUAUUUCCAUCUUCUUGAUCUCUUCUGCUGUCGGUCGAUGUGACAUGACAUUUCUAUGGUGAUGACUUUGAUGAUCGGCAGAUUGUUUUUAAUAUUUCAUUUUACCCCAAACUUGUUGACCUGCUGUGAGAACUACCUCGUGUGAGCCUGCCCCCACUCCAGACCUCCUGGGCUCAGGGAGACAAGACAAGAAGAGAAAGAAGACUUUCUCCCUACCUCUCUUUACCCAUAAAAAUUCUCUUUUUACACACUUCCGACGAGAAGGUAGACAAAGGACUUGUCUAGCUUGGUUCAUGUAAACUUUCAGAUGAAGUCUGAUGACGGAGAGCAUUCAAAAGCUUGAGGAAGCAAAGAGGAGAGAAGAUGAAAAUUUUUGUAGGUGGUGGCUAGCUGCUUGAGGAUUAACGAGAAGUAUCCGUGCGUAUUUUCCCCUUCAGAAGAUUUUAAGUUUAAGAUGUGAUUGUCAGAGGGGUGGUGUUCGUGUGUUGUGUCCCUUUCAGUUACUUGGUCCUUUUCUCCCUACGUGUGUGAGACAGAGAAAGAGGGAGAGAGAAAACUGAACGAGGUUAGUGUUUUUUUUUAUAAUUAAUAUAUUUUUCUUAAGGGGAAAGAGAGAGUGAGGAAGAAAAGGCGAGAGCAAACUGCUACCUCAGCUUUUGGCAAUUUUUUUUUCAAUUAGUUGGUAUCUCCUAAAGCGCAAAAAACAAGAGUGGUUGGCCGCUUCAGGGAAAAAAAUUAUAUAUUUUGCGGUUCACACCACGAGAAUGCUCUGGGAGUGGUGCUUGAUGCCACUGAUUGGCUGCAAGCAACUUUGGGAAGAAUCCGUUUUUUUUUUUUUUAAUUGGAGGGAGGUUUUCGUGUUCAUGUAUAUAGCACAUUCAUUUUUGGUGUCACUUUGAUAUUACUGUCAUCAUGUUGAGGGCACGGUGAUUUCAUACCUGGUGACUUGCUUUGUUUGGGGGGCGUGGGGUGGGGGAGUUUGUGAGUGGGGUACCUUCUGGGACAGGGACUUGGUUCCUAUUUUUGUAUGUGUCCUUUUUCCUUCUUUCAUUCAGCAGAUUGGCAAGUCCUUGUAGCACGGACUUAUACCAUUCCAUACAGAAUAUUUCCACACACAUUUCUGAGCACCUGCCUGUGUCUGUGUUAACUAUCGUGUCAACCUCACACAAAGUUGAAUACCUCCGGACCAAGGUUGUCUUAUCAUUUUCAUUGUAAACUCACAUUGAUGCGCCGUAAUUUUAAACUCAGACUUUUUAUUUUGUUUUAUAUUUUUUUUUUUUACCUGGACGAGAGAUAUUUGCGUAUUCAGGUGAUGCCUGAUCCAUUUUAGAGAAAAGAAAAUGCUUGCCUCGAUUAUAUUCGUUUCUGCUAGCCAUACCUCCUACCCUCCAUCCUGGGAAGUGCAUUUUGUAACUUGUCUUUUCUUGACUGCUGAUUGCCUUCCUUUGUGGAUGCAGGUGACAAAACAGAUGUUGUAUUAUCACCUUUGUCUUCUAUCCCGCCCGUUGUCCAUCAAUUCCCCAUGACUCAUCUUCUUGGAACUUUAAGGCCUGGAACUCUACCUGCUGACUCCUACUCAAUUUUCCGCAUACCUCAAACAUUUCUACCUACAUUUUACCGAAUGGCCUCUCUGGUGAUCAAGAGUACAGGUAAAUAGCAUGGCACAUUAUGCAAUAACAUGUUUAUGGUUGUUCGGUCUCUCAGGUAGAUUAAAGUGUUGUAUGUUGGUUAUAGUGAUUACAUUUCUUUUACACUAAGUUUGAAAUAUUUUUAAAUUUUGUGCCCUCUGUGGUCUUUAAACAUUUCAGGAAUGCGGAAGGACAAAUCAAUCCAAUAUUUUAGAAUUAGUCCUUCAAAUGUUCAGGAGCGGUUAGCAAUGCCAGGUGUAGGAAGAACGUUGAGUAGUCAGGAUCUGGUUUCUGUUUUGGAAUAAAUAAAACAUGUUCGCAAAGUUCACAGGCAAAGAAAGAGAGAAAGACUACAAGGAAGCGAGGUUAAGGUUGGUGUGUCAGUCAAUCAGUAUGUGGUCCUCACCAGUUGGUGGCUAGACUCCGGGGUCAGUCGGCGUCGUCACCUAGUGACCUGCUGGCGUGACUGACUAACACACGCAUUUGUAAACUGUGUAAGUGGAGAUGGUACAACCUCCCGGUCCUGGGUGUGCGUGUGGGUUUGUCUUACUGCGGUGUAAGCCCCGGGAUUUGCUGGGUUUUCUUGUCUGGGGGACAAAGUGUGGCGUGUCCGGCGCACCAGCCAACCUGAAGUGUUUCACUCAGAUCACUUUACAUCCCUCCAUCUGUGUGUGAGUGUGUGUCUGCGCGUGCAGAGGUGGAGGGAGGCUGGUUGCGUGUGAGGUGGGAGGACAAUGAACCAUUCAUCGGACGCCAUCCCGUGUACAGUCAGGCGUGACAGAAUUAUUACCUUAGCCCUGCACCCCGUGAAGACGGGCAAAGUAAAAUGUCUUGACUCUUUGGAGGACCAUAUCUCUCUCUCUUUCCUUCCCCACUCCCCCAUCCCUUUCAGUCGGGUGAACAGCUUCAUUGACAGCUCUAGCAACAGAAGUCAAACCAAGACCACAGGGACGUGUAUAGGUGGACUGCUGUCUGUCUGCCAAGACCAACGCUGAGCCUCUUGCGAAGUUCUCCGCUGUUAGUCUAGGCGAGCCUAAACAAAUGUGACUAAACCGGAAGCUUUGUAGUAUCAUGCCUCGUUUUAGGAGUUUGCUGGCAGUCCAGUAAUACGUUUCUACUCUCGUCAAACGAGUGUUCACAUCGUCUUGAUAGUUUGUUCUACGAAUCCCGCUAACCUCAUCUCACAAUAUUCUGUGUUCACACAGGACACUUAGCAAAAAAAAAAAAAAAAAAAAAAAAAUGAUUGAACUUUCUCAAUCUCUCUCUGAAUUAAAAUAGGUCUACGACUGCCGUCAAUACUAAAUUAAGUUAAAAUGUGAGAACACGGGAACUAGCUUUGUGAAAUUUCUUGAUUUUUUCCCCCUCCGGCAAGGUGUGCAAUCGAUAGUCACACCUGGAAGACCACAUUACUCUCGCAAAAAAAAAAUUUUAAAAAAAAUGGAUUUAAUCUAUUAUCAGCGGGUAGAUACAUUCGUAAAUGUAAGAUGGAUCGUUAUAAACCAAUGUUUGAAGGAGCAGGUUUUUUUUUCAUUCCUCGAGGAAGGAGGCUGCUAGCUUGUGUAUUGUGUAUAUUUACAAUGUUUGAAGAGAAUAGGUUUAUAGCCGUGGGUUCUUUAUUAUUAUUAUUUUUAAGAAAUGUUCUUGAUAUUGUGGUGUAGUUUACUUUGGCUGUGAGUGGAUGUUCUUUUUAUCUACCUCUGCUAAGCUGUAAGGUCAACUACCUCUGCUGUGUUUCAAACAUUUCGUGUUUAUUUUGCUCGAGGCUGUAUCGGGAAAAUAUUUUCACUGACAUCGUGAAUGGAAGCAUAUGCAACACAGAUGUGACACUUUCUCCUUCACCUUCGUUGUCCUCUUUGCAAGUGAUACAUCGUUCCUAGAUGAUGUUUGGGGACCUAUGGUCAGGAGUGCAAUCACAGGUAUCACGGUACUCGAUGGCUGGAGGAAAAGUGUGGGGAUGGCCGGGUGGGAGAUUGGUGUACUUGUUGCCCCAAGUCACUACAGAUAUAUGCGUCAAGAAGUGGACGGAGGAAGUCAUGAGAAUAAACAAGAAUUACAACGAACACUUUAAGAGAAUUCUAUCAGUUUUUUUCCCACAAUAACAUUCUCCUUUAAAGAAGUAAAAUGUAUGGCGGCAGACUUGAUUCCUCAGCAAAAGUUUCCAAGAUGUUUUUCAUUCUCCUGUUUGUUUGUUUUUUUAUUUCUUUGUCUGUCUCUCUCGUGGCUUACUCUUCCGCCUGCAUGCACAAACACACUUUAUUACACAAGAAUCCAUUAACAUUGUAUCGUCUUUGUUCUCAGUUCCCUGCCAUCUUUAUAACUUUCACUGUCCUUUUUAAUCUUUAAUCUAAUGUUCCACAAUUCCUUUCAAGAAAUUAUUUUAAUAGUUAGGAAUUUAAAUAUUACCGCAUCGUGUUUCUGAUGAACUCAUUCUUUACUUUCAUCGCAUGUAUGUCACGUGACACUUUGAACAUCGUUGGGUAAAGGUACAAAAAUCAGUCUCGUGACCUCAGGAAGGUGUGGCGAUGUUCAUUAUCAACUCAAACACACGUUUGAGACCCAGUAAUCACGAAUGCUUGAAAAUGUUGAAAUAACAAUAGCUGACUAGUGUUCACUAGAGAGAAAGUGAAAGAGAUUCUGUUAGAAGGACGUGGAAGAUCUUCUGCAUUCCACCCAGUCUUUAUCCGCUUUGGUCUUUAUGUCCAUUUUUUUCCAACCGCGGUUUUUAUUUUCUUUUUCUUGCUCAGCACGUGGUCUUGUAUUGUGUCAUCUUCACAUUCCUCGAACCUUUCUUCUGUUAGUAAUUGUAAUUCACCACGUUACACAGCCCUUCUUCUCCGAACAGAUGGACGGAACGUUUGAUUAAAGUUUGUGAUGGCAAAAUCGUCAAAUGUGGUCAAACCAUUUAUUCCCAUUGAAAGGUUAAGAAAAUGGUCUUCACGAAGUAUGGAAAUAUGAAUCUGUGACAUUAUUAUCCGGUUAAAGAACACCCUUCAAGUUCAAGCAUGCGCAUACACGGUGCAACCGACCUUGCACGCGAUUGACUAUCACAAACACCGAGCAGACGCUGUCCCUCCCUGUCGAUCGGGAGGUAGGCCUGAUGGCCAUUUUGUACACAGUCGGACACAAUAACAGGUUUUAGUCGCCAGGAAACCUUUGCCAAGCUGCCAUUAGCCUGCAAAACGACCCGAUCCGGGACCCCAAACAAGCGUGAAGGAGUUGGAGCACAAUCGGGGCUGAGCACGGCUCACCAUCACAUCCUGGGGGAAAAACCCACAAUGGGCUGGACAGCCACACGGCAUCGUUAGUCAAUGAAGCUCCGUUGGCUUGAGAGAGCAAAUACCUCCGUGUAUGGCAUGGAUCCGGACUGCUUCCUCCGACACCGACCAGGUGUUUACAGUUGCUGGAGUCACUCCAGGGAUAACAACAGGAGAGAAGGAGGGAGGAGGAGACCUGACCGAACUAACGAAGCAAAGAAGAGUUGUUAGACGAUAAUGUCGCUAAUGAAGCAUGAAGCUAGAUACGGAUGAUGAUUGUUGUUGGGUAUAAAAGCCGUUGUUGGAUUGGUUAAAUAUACGAAAGUUUGAGCAAAGUGUAGACUUUCUUUACGUCCAUUUCUUAGCCUCGUUUCCGUGAAACUUGUCUCCGGAGUAGGGAACAGUUGGGUUUUCUUGUGAAGCUUCAAGUGAAAUUUUCAUUUUACGGUGGAUAGAAAGAGAAAAUUCAGGAUUGUGUUGCUUGCAAAUCUCAGUCGGUCUUCAGUGAGGGGUAGCACAUGUUUACACGGCCUCGUCCAUACACCUGUCCUUUUGUACCCUUACAAGGCUAUAAUCUCGCACUUACAUCAUACAUUCCGAUGUGUCCUGGGAAGGGCAAUGGGAUGCCCUGUGUAAGGCUGCAGUUGGACAGGAGGGUGUGGUGUAAUAACUUGGGCCCAACCUGAGGGUAAACACGGAAGUGCGAUCAUUGUAAAGAAAAGUUUUCUAUAAAACUGGGUUCCUUAGGGUGCCGGGUGCACAAUCGGCAUUAGCUGGAUGCUAAUACUUAUCACAGUCAUGAAAUGUUAGCAUAGUUACAGCAAAUACUGUAAGGUAACAUUCAGACCUGCCUGGACUUGGGGCCGGUCCCAGAAUAUCAUUGUAAGGCAACUGUUCGGCUCACCGUGGGUGGAUUGUUAACUGAAUGUACUUUAUUUUUCUUUUCUUCUCUCACCUGCCUGUCAGGCCAUCUCUCUCUCUCUCACAGGUUGAUAUUACUGAAUAAUACUAUUUAUAUAGUGUCGUUCUCCAUCAUCAGUUCGUUUACACAAACUUCUUUCAGAUAGGCAUCGAAUGAACCUUCACACAUAACCACAACACAAUUACAAACAAAGGGUUGGAGAAAGCUGGAGUAUCCGGGUAAAACAACCAACUGUCAACCUAGUAAACACAACAGGUGUCAGUCACAUUCAGAGAUAGGUGUGUCGUACCCGAGGUAUGAGCUCGAUUCUCACUGUGGUGACAGGCGCUUCACUAACCCAUUCCACCCUAACCUUUUGAAAACCCGCAAAUCGGGUAGCUUGUGUCGGAUAGUACACAACAUCGCCUUUGAUGUAUUAUUAUUAUUAUUGAAUUUUAUGGAAUAUGGGUAUUGCACGUACAGAAAACAAUUAUUUGAUUAAUUAGGCAACAUAGCUAAUUACAAUGUUAAUUUGUAUUACAUAUCACGAUCAAUCAGGAUGGCAGUUUCUCAAACAUUUUUCCGAGGCCGACUGAGCGCCAUCUGGAGGGAUGGUUUCCUUGAUGGCGAGCAAAGCGAUGGAAGUCACGACAACGACUGCGUUGGUACUUGUUCCCAGGGUGUAGCACCGGGGGUUGGAUCAAUACCCUCAGUCAACAGUUGUGUAACUCAGACCCAGCUGUGACCGUGUAAUGGGUCCACUCUCUAGGAGGAAAGGUCGAUAUAUGCUACUCCUCACAAUCGCAUGACUCACUGCUUGCCUUGCCUCUCUUUGGAAAACACUCGUCCUUCUUGCCUUCUGUCGGCUUGUGUGGAUUCGACGAUAAGGACGUUUGUUGACUGUAUUAUCUCUAAGGUAGAUAAUUAAUUGUGACAAUAAAUAAAGAUUCUACCUUAAAGCAGCAUGCUCAGUUCUCUCUUGAAACCCAAAUUUAACGACGGUCCCUGUGGAUUUUUCUUAGACAGGUUUGAAAGGUUGCAGGGAGGGAGUCGGAGAAAGUCUGUUGGCGACCGUCUCAUUGCUGGCAUUUUUUUCUGGCCACUUGUUGUCAUGACUACGGGAAGCGGUUGCACAGGUAUGUUUCAUCAUCUUCGCUCUCGCUCCCUCAUCGCUCUUCAAGGUGGGAACAUCAGCCUGGCGAGGAAGUUGAGGUGGGACAUCGUCACCGUCGGUCUGGCUGGUUGGCUGUCUGGACUCUUUCUUUGAGUGAUAAUAUCCUCCUGUCUGCUUCCUGCCGGUCUGCGGGUUCUGAGUAAAGUUGUGAGGGAGGGAAGCGAGAGAAAGUCCUCUGGGGGAGGCAGCUGCUUUCUAUCCUCGCCCUUGUCUUCAUCUUUCCCUCAUUCCAAUCUGCGUUUGAAGACGACAGUUCUGCACUUCAUCUCUUUCUCCAGCCUAUUCGGGGAAUGAAUCUCAGGACUUUUUUUUUUACUUCUUUGUAAUCAAAUUCAAUAUUUAGUUAGUUUCUCUUCGUUUCCUCGUUUGUACCUACCUCAAGCUGACAUUCUCACUUCAUCGACUGUCAUUUGUUGAGUGCCUACAAGAACCCAUUGACAGGUCUGAAAAGUAGGGUCCCCCUAAUAAAACAGAUGUUUGUUAAAACAAUUUUAUUUGUAAAAGGUACAACGUGUUCACAAUAUAUGUCCCACUCCUGUUGUUUAUUAAAACUAAUACUUUAGUUUAUUUCAUAGUCAUUAAGGAAUGAUUCAUGCAGGUGUUCAUUGAAAACGGAGACAAUCUUCACAGAGUUGCUUAAAAGAAACACUUCUCAAAGGUAGAGAAGUAUGGUAGAGGAAUAGGAUAAUCCUCCUCCUGUCCAGUUUGCCAAGGUUUCUAUUGUUUGACCUACCUUUAUUUGACCUCUCACCUAUCAGAGUUUAUAAAUUUUGUAAAGUAUUUGUCCUGUAACCGUCGAGGGAGUAAAGUCUGCUGCGCACUGAUUGGUUUCUGCAUGACACGUGAUUUAUUUUUUUAAUAGGUCUGUGGGAAGGAAACAUCCAGAAGUCAUUCUUUCUCUGAAUCAUCUGACAAGUAUUUGUUUUGUAAAUUUACAACAAAAACAUCCGGGUCCUUGCACAGCUUCUCGAUCAUAUAAAAAUAAAUGCUGGUUGUCAUAACAGUUAAGCAGAUUAUAAACACAAAAUAUUAGUUUGCCGACAAGGAGAUUCACAGCCACAAAAUGUAGACUUAACUGCGACUUGUCCGAAGCCAUCAAAGUGUCAGGUAAACUGCUAGCUGUUCCCCCCCCCACAUCCGUUAAUAGGCUCAAAAGUAACUCGACGCGGUUCGCUUCCCGGAGAAGCCGAUAGAGUUACCUCUUCUUAUCUGGAUGCCCACUGAAGGUCGGGUUAUAUUUCAGCAAUGUUCCCACCCAGUGAUACUCUCCAUGGUGUAAAAACUACCCUUACCUACUGAUGUUGCUUGAAUGUGACUGGUUGGUUGUCUACCGAACGAUUUUAUUUAUCAUCACAACAGAUAUAAAGUCUAAAGAAUUUUUUUCUCCCCUCUUGCUAUACGUUGUUUGUGAUAAACAGAAAGUGCCUUUAAAUUAGAACUGUAGCCGAUGGUGGAAGGGUAGGUGAAUAAUAAGAAAAUUCGACAGCAACAAAUCUUUCUGAUCCUUCGGUCACGAAAGGGAAACUUUCAGACGCUGCUGUGUUCACUCACUCACGGAUAAGAAAACUCACAGCACUGAGCUCUUCUUUCAUAUUCUUCAGACAAUCGCUACCUUUCACCUUUCACCUUUCACCCCGUCGUGUGCUUAUUCUGACCCUCGCAAGCACGCUUACUGUCGGACCCACGACGGUAAUACUAGACAUUUCAUGUUUCCAGCCGCAACAAAGGAUGCUUUAUUUUUUAUUUUUUUUUAUUUAUUUAUUUUAUAUUUUUUUUGCUCUGAACACUGGACAUUUUUCUCCUCCUUUCUUUAUAUUUUCAAUCUGAACUGGGUAAAUAUCACUGGGCUAAAUUUGUGAAGUGGACAGAAGUAUUUAUCGUUUUUAAUAAUAUUAAUAGAAUGUUAAUCAGUCAGCCUUUCUCUCUCUCUGUCUCUUUCUCUCACAUGUUCGUAUCCUUCACUCCAUCUUUCUCACUCUCGUCAUCACACAUUGAUUACAAGAAUAUUUCUCCGACCUCAUGUUCUGUUGUCUUGUCGUUUAGUUGUAGUCGGUUAGUUAGACCGCUCAUUUUAUUCGUUCGUGUGUCCGUGCUCUCGACCAAGUCUUGACUAUUUUUUCGUCAUUUUACAUCUCAGUGUGAGGUACACACUCACUUAGACUAAUUGUGGUGGCUUCAUUUCUCAGAUACCUAGCUCUGUCAUUACUGAGGACCAUUUUGUGUAAACCCGUUCAUAAUAUAUUUUUUCCAAUGUGUCUUUUUUGUGUCGAUACACAUUCUACUCCAAUUCUUGGUUUUUUUGUUGUCAAUCUUGCACAAAUACGGGUGAAAUAUAUUAUACCACAUUUGUAAUAUCUCCUCUGUAUAAGAUAAAUAAAGAGUUGCUAAUAUUUUAUUGUCGUCGCUGCUCAAGUUGUGACGUAGAGUUCGUGUGCGCGCGCACGACUGACAUUUUGGUGGUCAAUUCUAUAUAAUCAUGCAGUUUGUUAUUCUCUUUCUCUUGACAUCUACCUCAGUAUUCUGUAUUUUGAAAGCUGAUUUCCUGACCAAUAUGUAACAUGACAUUACGAUAAAACUAUGUACGGAACUGUGA